GUUCAAACGGCAGUCGCGACUGCAGACUAACACGUUGAUAUGGAUUUGGACAGACGGCUGCGAGAAGACGAUGGAACAAGUUACUGGAACCUCGUCAGGCGAGGCGAGAUGCUAUGCGCGACGAACAGCUAGCUGAGUACCAACGUAAGCCUUUCUACUCUCACCGGUAUCGAGAGGAGCGGAUAUUGAGACGUGCCCGUGAGAGUGACAGCACAAGCAGCAAGAAGGAGCAAGGGAAGGAGCAAGGGAAGGAGCGGGUUGAAGACGCGUCGGAAGACACACAAGGAGCUGAAAUAAAAGCGAAGGAAAUCGUCAAGCGAUGAUAUUGGUGUUAUGUCUACUGAACAUUUUGGGUUCGAAAUCGAGCCAGGGUGAGGCAGAAUUGCCGUCACACAUAGAAUCCACCAUAACGCCAGCGAUUCGUUCAGUCCGAGCUCAUCAAUCAAGCGGACAGUCUCAGGAUCUCCAGUUUAUCGAAGCGCCCAAUCGUCCCGAGCCAUCCGAGUCCGUCAAGCCUCCCCGUGAGGCAAGUGAGGCAUUCCGGGGACCGAGGGCGAGGAGCGAGGUAUUCCGGGAACUUUGGAUGAGGGAAGGAGAGGGAUCGCGGGGAUCCUGGGCGGGGGAGCGACAUUGCUACCAGCACAUUGCUCAUUGAACUUGCAGCGCUCUCCACAGAACUUGUCCUUCAUGUUGGCGCAGCAGGAGCCCUUGCAGAAGAACUCGGCCCAGUCACCGCUGACAUCGCUGUUAAGCAGGCAAGUCUAUGUUUUGUUAGUAUGAUCUGCUACUGAUUGGUGUGAGAAAUGGAGCCAGUGGCGGUGUACCCCGAUGCAUUUGUCGAACUCCUUGAUGCACGGAUCGCAGUUGACUUUGCGCCCGCCACCGGCCGUAACGAAGGUGACAAGCAGGGUCAGCAUGAAGCCGAGGAAGAGAGUGAGGCGCAAGGCCAGCAUGUCUGUACUUGAGUGCGGUUGUGCUUGUUGCAAGUGAAGUG